AUGGCCACUGAGCAACCCGAAGCCAGCAGGGAAGAUCGUGUCCGCUCAACGGCGUUACGCCAUGCCAUAGACAUCGAGGAGAGAAAGAAAUUGCAAGCACGCAUAGCCGACCUUGUAGUCGAAGCAUUUGAGUUGCCGUCCAGACCUGACGCCGACCCAGCGAAGCCACAACCGUCCGACGCUUCUCUCUUCAGACGUUGUCUGAGCCUAUUUCAGACCUCGGAUUUGGAUGAUCUCAUCUACGAGCGAAACGUAGAUAACCGAUGCGGUUAUGCUCUUUGUCCAAACCCAAAUUUGAAGCUGGCGCAUGGUGGCCAAAAAGUGUGGAAUCAGAAGGGUGGCAAAGACUUCAAACUGGUAGACAGAAGCGAGCUAGAAAAGUGGUGUUCAAAGGCCUGUCAGGAGAGGACCGCCUUCGUGCGAGCUCAGCUUGGGGCAGAGCCCGCGUGGCUUCGAGCCGGUCAAGCUGUCGACAUCCGGUUGCUUGAUGAAAUCGAUUCUGAGGAUCUCGCCACCUCUCUCAAGGAGCUCUCGCUCGCUAAAGCGGCUGAUAUAGAAAUGACUGAAAAGAUGCAGGCUCUCGCGCUUGAACGGGGCGAGCUCAGUGUCAAGGCUGAUCAGAGGACUGUUGAUCUUGUUGAGAGGACAAGUAAUUCAAUUCCGAGUGCUCCAACAUUGAAGGGGAGCCAACUGCAAAAUGCCGUUGAAGGCCACCAGCCACGAAAGGUCCGCUUCUCAGAGAGGUGA